AUGGCCUCUGCAAAAUGGGCAGUUUUAUUGUCCAUGGCCGCCUUGGUGGUGCAAAUCCAGGCUGGACCGCGACAAGACGUUCAGAGAAAGGUGUCCACGAUGCCUACUCCGAGUAAGUUACUUUGGUUUUUGCUUUGAUUUUAGGUGAUUUACGGUUAUUGAGGCUUUCAGCCAGUUCAGAAUUACUUUUGCAACUGUAGUCACAAAUCUUUAUGUAAAAGAGUUAUAUUAUGAUUUUUUUUUAUUUUAGGCAUAAAGUAAUAUCAUGUGAUUCUAAAACGUUAAUAUUGUUACAAAUUAUAAGUUUGUUUGUGAAUAUAUAUUAACUUUUAGUAUUUCUGUGAUUUAGGUAAAGAAUGCAAAGAAAACGAAUUCAGAUGCCAUUCUGGGCGAUGCAUUCCCAAAGCCUGGAGGUGUGACGGCGAUACCGACUGUGAUGAUGGAGAUGAUGAAGUUAGCUGCGGUAGGUGUUUAUCUUAAGAAAAUUGUGUUAUUCGGAUAAGAUAAAGCGUUGUGGGACUUGUUUACAUUAGAUAACAAUGUUGUUUUUAAGGUUAUUUUAUACUUUGCUAAGGGAAAGUUAAAAAUUUAAUAUCUAAAAUCUGUUUAUUGUAGCUGCUGAAGCAGGUAAUGCGAAGGCAGGUGAAUGUGGUGCAGGCGAAUACAAGUGCCAGGAAGAGGAUGCUGCUCACAAAACUAACACAACCUUCAUGGGAUGGAGGAUCACGAGACAAGGAUCUCUCUUCUCUAACAAGUGCAUUCCCAGCAAGUGGAAGUGUGAUGGAGAAUAUGACUGUCCCAACAAGGACGACGAGUUCGAGUGUAACGGUACGUUGUCAAUAUUAAUAUGUUUUGUGGUAAUACUCUUUUUGAUGUGUCAUGUCUAACUUAUAAUGACCAUUUAGAAGUUACUUGUCAACAUGAUCAGUUCAAAUGCCCUGGCUACCAGGGCCAUCUUGAAUCGUGUAUCCCCAGAAGCUGGUUGUGUGAUGGGCAGGUACGUUUAUCUUUAUACAACUACUAAUAUUACAUGCGCUUCAUGCUUUUGUAUUUUAUCAUAUGUUUUUCUCUAUAUUUGUAGUAAGGUAAUAACUUAUGAAUAAUGUAUGUUGUUAUAGAGCGACUGCAUUGACAUGUCUGACGAAAAGAACUGCACUUUGCACGCCAAGGUAUGCGACGAGGUUAGCGAAUUCAGAUGCCACGACAACAAGAAGUGCAUCUUCAAGAGCUGGCAGUGUGAUGGAGAUCAAGAUUGUGAUGAUGGAAGUGAUGAGAAGGACUGCGAUCCUAAAGCUUCCUGCAAUCCUCAAGAUCAUUUUAUGGUAAGACUUUUUUAAAUAUACUGGCAAUCCUUUACUGUUUUUUGAAAAUUAGGUAGUAAAAAAGUUAGAAAUGAAGUUUUAAUUUGAUAUUUUAGUGCAAAACAGUAUCCUUCUGCGUUCCCCAUGAGUGGAAGUGUGAUGGAGAAGCCGACUGUGCCGACCAGAGUGACGAAUUGGAUUGUCCAGACUUUAAAGCAUCUAAGAAUGUGACUUGUCAUUCUGGGGUAUGUUUUUAUCUGUUUCAUAUUUAUAUUUUCGGUUUUAUUUGUGGUUCUAAACAUUGUUUUAGGAAUUCCGUUGUGCUAAUGGCAUUCAAUGCAUCAGCAACCGUUGGAAGUGUGAUGGCGACUUUGAUUGUACGGAUCACUCGGACGAACUCGGGUGUACUCACACUUGUACAGACAGUCAGAAGGCCUGUAAGAAUGGAGUUUGUUUGGACAACUCCAAGUGGUGUGAUGGAUAUGACGAUUGUACUGAUGGGUCAGAUGAACAAGGAUGUCCUACUUCACCAGCUCCGACAGAACCCAGCUUUGUGUGUGAUGCAGCUACAGAGUACACUUGUAACUCCACGACUCCUGUCAGAUGUAUCAAGUACACGGACUUGUGCAAGAACAGCGCCUCUACUAAUGACUGUCCUCGAUCUGUGUGUAACAAACAAAUCAGUAGGUUGCAUUGAGUGUUGAUUGAUAUUGUUGUAGAUUCCUGUGAUCCCCGUGAUUCUGCUUGCAAUUGCCGAAAGACAGAGAAGAACGGAAGUGUGUGUUACUGUAGGAAUGGGUUCGAAUUGAGAGGCGGACAAUGUGUUGGUAUGUUCUACUAUCAACCUCAUUAACAAUGGCAUUUGCAGCCUUUAAGAUAAUUUUGUUAUUUACUUUUUUCAUCAUUGGUCUUCUAGAUAUCAACGAAUGCGACACCAUCGGAACUUGCGACCAACUCUGCACGAACACCAUCGGGUCCUUCAAGUGCGAUUGUCACCCUGGUUACAAACUGUACGGAGAGAAGGGCGCUUCUGUUCCCACAAAAUGUCGUGCUGUUGGAGACGAUCCUCUUUUGUUACUCUCGAACAGAGCUGCCAUCAGAAGAUACGAUCUGAUCACCAACAAGUAUCAUCCUCUGGUCGAACAACUCGAAUCUGCUGUAGCCAUGGACUACUGGCAUCAACAGAGCACCGUUAUCUGGUCAGAUGUGGCUAAGGAGAAGAUCAUGAUGUGCAAGGUAGACAACAAGACUUUCUUCGGAGAUUCUGAUGUCAAGGAUUGUCUGUCUCGACCUGAUUCUGUUUUGGUUGGUGAUGAAAUUCAGACUCCAGAUGGUUUGGCAGUGGACUGGAUCCACGGACUUUUGUUCUGGACUGACACUGGACUUGACCGCGUAAGGAAUUUGUUUAGGUUCCUUAUCAGUAACUUUGCAUUUUUGAUAAGAAGCUUAACGAAAAUGUUAUUUUUAGAUUAGCGUCUUGGAUCUUACAACUAGAAAACGAAAAGUUAUCAUCGACAAGGGAUUAGACGAACCAAGAGCCAUUGCCGUCGAUCCAUCAGCUGGCUUGAUCUUCUGGACUGACUGGGGAAGCCAUGCCAGGAUCGAAAGAGCUGGAAUGAACGGAGAAGACAGAUUAGAGGUUCUUACCGGAAGCACUGUCAGAUGGCCAAAUGGCUUGGCUCUGGACAUCCUGGAACAAAGAAUCUAUUGGGCUGAUGCCAAGGUGAAGAUGAUCAGUUCUUCGGAUUACUACGGCAAGAACGUUCGCACCGUCCUCCACUCUCACACCCAUCUUCGUCAUCCAUUCUCACUUACCGUGUUCGAAGAACGAUUGUACUGGACUGACUGGGAUCAAGAAGGUGUUCUUACUGUGAACAAAUUCAGAGGCGAUGAUGUCACAACCAUUCUGAAGGGAGUCGCUGGACCGAUGACAGUGAGAGUGUACCACCAACAGGCUCAGCCUUCUCACCCCAACAAGUGCUACAGUCACAAUUGUGAUCACAUGUGCUUGCCUCGAGCUCACUUGAAAGCCCACACUUUCAGAGAUGAGACGCCAAUCAAGGGACUUCCUUAUCAAUGUGUCUGUGAAGCUGGCUACAAAGUGAACAAGGACAGUCUGAACAAGUGUAUUGUUCUACAGUCAGCUGUCGAUGAACUGGUCGGCCCUGGCAGUGGAAGUUGGUCCAUGAUGUUCAUGUUCGUUAUCCUUGUUGUCGCCGCUGUAGGUAUUGCUGGAUAUAUGUGGAAGGGAAAACAGUCCAAGAGAUUCAGCGCACUUCAAUUCGACAAUCCCAUCUACAGGAGAACGGUCGAAGAUCCAGGUAUGACUUGAGACAUAUUAUUGUAUUGAUUGGGGUAUUGGGCUAAUUUACUAAAUAAUAAGUUUCAGAUAGCGUAGACAUUGUUGGUGACAACUCGUUGGGCGCCAUUCCAAGCAACACUCAUCAAAUCUCGAACCCUCCAGGUCAAUUGAUUCUAAACUCGGCUACUGAGCCAUUGAACACCGAGAAUUUGAACGCUCGGCCGGACUUUUACCAUCCAGAUAACUACUCAUAUGACCAAGAUAACCGACAGGUAGGUUGCUGUAUAUAUUAUCAUUCUAAAUCGAUAUUAUUAUCCACUUUGUAUCUACUUUUGUAUUAACUUAUUGACUUUCAGAACGCGAACGAGCAGUUGUAG